UGACAAACAAAGAUAAAAAGGACUCGUAUGUUUAAUACCUUAGCACAAAAUGGGAGAUACAGAAGAAAAUGCUGCUCAAGAAGAAAAAGCACCUGAUGCACCUGUAAAGGAGAAUGCAUGCAAAAGAAUUAUUGGAACUAUAUGGAACACUAGGUUCACAUCUGAUGUAAAAGAGGACCAAGAAUUGCUUGUACAACGAACAUUUCGAGAGCUUAUCAUUUACCUGUUAUUUCUGACAUUUGUUUGCAUAAUUGCAUUUGGCAUGUCAACUACAAAUAUGUACUACUACACCAAAGUGAUGAUGGACCUGUUUGUUGAUACCAAGUCUGCUGACGGUGUUUCAUUUAGUAGUAUCACCAGCGUUGAUGAGUUUUGGAAGUAUGCCAAAGGCCCCCUAAUGGAUGGUCUGUACUGGGACAAAUGGUAUAAUGGGGACCCUCUACCAGCCAGCGCAUCGGGUUAUAUUUAUUAUGAGAAUAAACUCCUGGGUGUUCCUCGUCUUCGGCAAUUACGAGUUAGCACAAAUUCAUGCACUGUCAAUGAAGAGUUUGAAACUUUCAUCACUGAUUGUUAUGCCAUGUAUAGCAAGGAUGACGAGGACCAGCAGCCAUUUGGAAGAUAUGCUCAAGAACCUAAUGAAACUGCGUGGAUCUACAAAACUCAAGAGGAGCUGGAAGGAUUCUUCUAUUGGGGAAAGAUCCACAUGUACAGCGGGGCCGGCUAUGUCAAGGAUCUUCACAACACUAAAGAGCAGUCAGCACAGGAUAUCAAAGAUCUGGAGGACAAGCUUUGGAUUCAGAGAGGAACCAGGGCGGUUUUUAUAGCCUUCACAGUCUACAAUGCAAACAUCAAUCUCUUUUCUGUCAUUACACUGCUAGUUGAGUUUCCUGCUACUGGAGGAGCCAUUCCGUCUUGGAGUUUUAACACAGUGAAGCUCAUACGCUAUGUCAACAGUUUUGACAAUUUUAUCUUUGGAUGUGAAGUGAUAUUUAUUGUCUUUGUUGUGUACUACAUCAUUGAAGAGAUUUUGGAGAUCAGCUUCACUGGGUACCGGUACUUCCUGGACUUCUGGAACAUUCUGGAUGUUGUUCUGUUGCUGGUAGCCGCAGUGUGUAUCACGUUUAAUAUCUAUAGAUCCACAACCAUCUCCUCCAAGUUAGAAGCACUUUUACAAGAUCCGUUGAAGUAUGCAGCGUUUGAGAACCUGGGAUUCUGGGAAGUCAGGUUUAACAACUCUGUGGCCAUAACUGUGUUUAUUGCUUGGGUAAAGGUAUUCAAGUACAUCAGUUUUAACAAGACCAUGACCCAGCUAUCUACGACACUGAGUCGCUGCGCUAAAGAUCUGCUGGGGUUCUUCAUCAUGUUUUUUAUAGUUUUCUUAGCCUUCACGCAGCUGGGAUAUCUUUUGUUUGGAACUCAAGUCAAUGAUUUUAGUACUUUCAUGAACUCAUUUUUCACCCUGUUCCGGAUCAUCUUGGGUGACUUUGACUUCCACCAGCUGGAGCAAGCCAACCGUAUCCUGGGCCCCAUCUUCUUCAUGCUGUUUGUCUUCUUUGUAUUCUUCGUCCUCAUCAACAUGUUUCUGGCCAUCAUCAACGACACAUACUCCGAGGUCAAGUCAGACAUGGCCAAGCAAAGUGACCAAUUCAUUAUGUCCGAUUAUAUAAAACAGGGCUAUCAAAAGCUGUUUAGCAGGUUUGGAGGUAAAAAAGAGAAAAUAGAAGGCUAUGAGAAAAUACUGACUGGGGAAUUAUCUGGGAAGACUAUGCACUUUGAAGAAUGGAAGAAAGAGCUUAUAAAGAAUGGCUAUGAGGAGGAGGAAAUAGAAGAAGUAUUUGCCAAGUAUGACAUAGAUGGAGAUCAAAUCCUGGACCAUGUAGAACAAGCCAAGAUGCUGGAAGAGUUACAGAAAGCUAAGGCUAUGUUAGAGUCGGGUAAGAAUAAAGAUCCAACUCACGCGUUUGAUGAAGUACAAGGAGAUGACAGUGAUGAAGAGAAGGAAGGUAGAGCAGGGAAGGGAGAUCUAAUCCCUGCUGAGGAGUUUAUGGCCCUGGUUCGUCGUGUAGACAGAAUGGAAUCCACUCUGAAGGGAAUGAUCACCAACAUUGACUCAGUUCUGUCUAGUCUAGCAGGCAGGGGAUAGGUCAGACAUUGUUGUGAAGAUGUUGAUGUUUUAUUUAUAAUUUACGUGUUUUGAAACAUUCAUUGUAUUAUGUGGUAAAGUUUUUAUUGAUUUUUUUUUAAAUUAAAAAUUCCGUUUUUUAAGAUUAAUGUGUAUAUUUUGUAUUAAAAAAAUAAACUAAGGAAUACAGUUGAAGUUAUGCUAAUACAUAAUUGAUUUUAAUUUUUGUCUUUUAAUUCUAACAAAUAAUUGCUGAUUUUCUGGUUAAAAAUUAUAUAAAGUUUUAUCUCACAUGGAUUAAAUUCUGAACAAUCA